AUGGUUUGCCACCUUAACAAGAACAUCAAAGGAGAUAUAGGAGGAAAUCCUCUGAUAGAGAACAGUUUGAGAGUUAUAAUGGAGGAAUUAGGAAUUGUAAACCCAGCUGAAAGUAUUGUUGAAGAGAAGCCACCUGCUAUUAAGUCUUAUGGUGCGUUGGUGUCGCAAUUAAACAACAAUAGUGGUAGUUUGGUUUCACAAGGGAAUGCUGAUGUGUAUUUAAAAUUGAAAAAACUGGAAAAAGAAUAUGAGCUUUUAAAUCUACAGGGUGAAUAUAUUAAGGAUGAACAACGUCAUUUGAAAAGAGAAUUGUUUAGGGCUCAAGAAGAAGUGAAGAGAAUCCAGUCAGUACCUCUGGUGAUUGGCCAAUUUUUGGAACCUAUUGAUCAGAAUACAGGUAUUGUCUCCAGUACUACUGGGAUGAGUUAUGUGGUAAGAAUUUUAUCAACCUUAGACAGAGAAUUGCUAAAACCAUCCAUGUCGGUGGCGCUACACCGUCAUUCCAAUGCAUUAGUGGUUAUUUUACCACCAGAUUCAGAUUCUAGUAUAUCUAUUAUGAAUGAGUCUGAGAAACCAGAUGUUACUUAUUCAGAUGUAGGUGGGUUGGACAUACAAAAGCAAGAAAUCAGGGAGGCGGUAGAGUUACCAUUGACACAAGCAGAUUUAUACCAACAGAUUGGGAUUGAUCCACCAAGAGGUGUUCUAUUGUAUGGUCCUCCAGGUACCGGUAAAACUAUGUUGGUUAAAGCUGUGGCAAAUAGUACUUCUGCUGCAUUCAUCAGAGUUAAUGGUUCUGAAUUCGUUCACAAAUAUCUGGGUGAAGGUCCUAGAAUGGUUCGUGAUGUGUUUAGACUUGCUAGAGAAAAUGCACCAUCCAUUAUUUUCAUCGAUGAAGUGGAUUCUAUUGCUACAAAGCGUUUUGAUGCACAGACGGGGUCUGAUCGUGAAGUGCAACGUAUUUUAAUCGAAUUAAUGACACAGAUGGAUGGUUUCGACCAAAGUACUAACGUUAAGGUGAUUAUGGCUACGAACAGAGCUGAUACCUUAGAUCCUGCAUUGUUAAGACCUGGUAGAUUGGACAGAAAGAUCGAAUUCCCCUCCCUGCGUGAUAGACGUGAACGUCGUCUAAUCUUCGGCACUAUUGCCGCUAAGAUGUCAUUGGCCCCGGAGGCAGAUUUGGACUCUUUAAUUAUUCGUAACGAUUCUUUAUCAGGUGCCGUCAUUGCAGCUAUCAUGCAGGAAGCCGGUCUACGUGCAGUGAGGAGGAACAGAUAUGUCAUUUUACAGAGUGAUUUGGAAGAAGCUUACGAUGCUCAAGUUAAAACUGAAAAUGAUGUCGACAAAUUCGAUUUCUACAAAUGA